GGCUAUUGAUAUUUUGAGCAGAGCUUAUGUAACGAAUUCAUGAGGUGGGCGGAGAUAGAGACAAGAUGCCAUCCUGUGGAGCUGAGGCAUGAGGGCAGAUCCUGGCCCGUGAAGAUGCUAUGCUACCCAAAGCCAGAGGGUAACCAGGGAAAGCUCUGCCAUGGUUGGGCUGCCUUCUUGAAAGAUAAUGUUGUACGGCACGGCACUGAAGAUAUUUGUGUCUUUGAGCUGAUCAACAGGAACGCCUUCUGCGUUCACAUAUUCAGGUUGAAGGUGGGGAGAACCGAGGGUCGUAGAUGGGAAGUCGGUAGGGUUGGCUGCAAUCUUGUGAAAAACCAUCACCGAAAAUUUGUACAGGAAAGGAUUAAUGAUACACACAUAUAAUACAGACUGCGGUGCAAUGGAGAGGUCCGUACUGAGGAAAAUUAAGGCGGCCUUUUUUUCUUGUUAUAGCCUUUUCCAUCUGCUCUGCCCUAAGGCCUGUCGUCCUAUGUAAUUUUGAACCCGGGGCAUUCGGGAGAUCCUUUGAUCCCCGUUCACAGUUUCAGAGCUGAUCGAGUGAUGUAGGUUCGUCAUUUUAGCAUUGCAGUACAUUUUAUCCUUUUGAUCAUCAAAUAUAAUUACCCCUGAUGUAUUGGGUUUAUCUA